GUAUUUGUCAAUCGUUCGGUAUGUCUGGAACGCAUACGAUUCUAUGGUUUUGAUAUGGAUUAUACACUGGCAAUGUACAAGUCACCCGAUUUUGAAGCGUUACUUUUUUCGAGAAUUCUCGAACGUAUGAUUUUGAAAGGCUAUCCCGAAGAGUUGCGCAGCUGCAAUUACGAUCCUAAAUUCCCCAUCAGAGGGUUAUGGUUUGAUCAAAAGUAUGGAAAUCUGGUUAAAGUUGAUGGUUUUGGCAAUAUAAUUGUUGGUGUACAUGGAUUUCAGUUUCUGAAACCGUAUUAA